ACCGAGCCGGGCUUCAGUGGCUGAUCACGCGCGGCGGCACGGAGGAACCGACGGGUCUCCGGGAGCGCGCGCCUCUCCGGACCAUGGAGAAUAUAGGAGCGCAUCUGCAGCACACGCACGUGGACGCCAUCAGUUUCGGGAUCGACCACAUUCUGAGCAAUGCGGACCCGAGCAGCUGCAUGAUUUCUAACCCCCGAAUGCAGGACCUGGACUGCGGGCUGGGGGGCAUCGUCAGCACCGCCUACAACACGGUGACCGGCCAGUACGGCUCCAGCAAUGGCGGAUACGGUGGCGGCGGCGCGUGCGGCGGCUCGUACGCCAUGAACGCGGGCAUGAACGUUAACGGGAACGUUAGCGGCCUUACCGCGUCCGGGGUGAUCCGCGUGCCGGCGCACCGGCCCCUGAACGGCGUGCACGCGAGCAUCCAGACCAACGGAGUUACAGCGCCCAGCAGCAUGAGCUCCAUGAACAACCUCACAGGAUUAACGUUUCCGUGGAUGGAGAGCAACAGAAGAUACACCAAAGACAGGUUCACAGUGGCCCUCUCACCCUUCACUGUAACACGCCGUAUAGGUCACCCUUACCAGAACCGCACACCCCCGAAGAAGAAGAAGCCCAGGACGUCGUUCACGCGCCUGCAGAUCUGCGAGUUGGAGAAGCGCUUUCACCGCCAGAAGUAUCUGGCCUCAGCAGAGAGAGCAGCUCUGGCGAAGGCACUUAAAAUGACUGAUGCUCAAGUCAAAACAUGGUUCCAGAACAGAAGAACAAAAUGGAGAAGACAGACAGCUGAAGAGAGAGAGGCCGAGCGACAGCAAGCCAACCGCCUCCUGAUACAGCUCCAGCAAGAGGCCUUUCAAAAGACUCUGAACCAGCCCGUGAGUCCGGACCCCAUCUGCCUGCACAACAGCUCCCUGUUCGCCCUGCACAACCUGCAGCCAUGGACUGAGAACACCGGCAAGAUCAGCAGCGUCUCCACCUGCGACUAGCAGGGACUCUUUUAUAGAUCCAGAGCUAAAUCCCCAGC